GGGGACGUUGUGCGGGCGUCUCCGCCAUCUUGUUGAGUCUAUAACUCGGAGCCGUUGGGUCGGUCCCUGCUAUUCCUCUGCGCCUCCGCUCCGUCCCCCGCGGGUCUGCUCCGUGUGCCAUGGACGGCAUCGUCCCAGACAUAGCAGUCGGUACAAAGCGGGGAUCCGACGAGCUCUUCUCCACGUGUGUCAGCAACGGCCCCUUCAUCAUGAGCAGCUCGACUUCAGCAGCCAAUGGAAAUGAUAGCAAGAAGUUCAAAGGCGACAACAGGAGCACAGGGGUUCCUUCCAGAGUCAUCCAUGUCCGCAAGCUACCUAGUGAUGUCACUGAGGGCGAGGUCAUCUCCCUGGGGCUGCCCUUUGGGAAGGUUACCAACCUCCUUAUGCUGAAGGGGAAGAACCAGGCCUUCAUUGAAAUGAACACGGAGGAGGCUGCCAAUACCAUGGUCAACUAUUACACGUCAGUGGCACCUGUGCUGCGUGGACAGCCCAUCUACAUCCAGUUCUCUAACCACAAGGAGCUCAAAACUGACAGCUCGCCGAACCAGGCGCGUGCCCAGGCAGCCCUGCAGGCCGUGAACUCUGUGCAGUCCGGAAAUCUGGCCUUGGCAGCUUCUGCUGCUGCCGUGGAUGCUGGAAUGGCAAUGGCAGGCCAGAGCCCAGUGCUCAGGAUCAUUGUGGAGAACCUCUUCUACCCAGUGACCCUAGACGUGCUGCACCAGAUCUUCUCAAAGUUUGGUACAGUCCUGAAGAUUAUCACAUUCACCAAGAACCAGUUCCAGGCGCUGCUGCAGUAUGCUGACCCUGUGAGCGCCCAGCACGCUAAGCUGUCGCUGGAUGGCCACAUCUACAAUGCCUGCUGCACUCUGCGCAUUGACUUCUCCAAGCUCACCAGUCUCAAUGUCAAGUACAACAAUGACAAGAGCAGAGAUUAUACUCGGCCUGACUUGCCUUCUGGGGACAGCCAGCCUUCUCUGGACCAGACCAUGGCAGCAGCCUUUGGUCUCUCUGUUCCUAACGUCCACGGAGCGCUGGCCCCCCUAGCCAUACCUUCUGCUGCUGCAGCUGCUGCCGCUGGCCGCAUCGCCAUCCCAGGCCUGGCAGGCGCAGGGAAUUCCGUCCUUUUGGGUCAGCAACCUAAACCUGAGAGAGUCACACCCCAAAGCCUCUUUAUUCUCUUCGGCGUUUAUGGUGAUGUGCAGCGGGUGAAGAUUCUGUUCAACAAGAAGGAGAAUGCACUUGUACAGAUGGCCGAUGGCAGCCAGGCCCAGCUGGCCAUGAGCCACCUGAAUGGGCACAAGCUGCAUGGGAAGUCAGUGCGCAUCACGCUGUCGAAGCAUCAGAGUGUGCAGCUGCCUCGUGAGGGACAGGAGGACCAGGGCCUGACCAAGGACUAUGGCAGCUCACCGCUGAAUCGUUUCAAGAAGCCGGGCUCCAAGAACUUCCAGAACAUCUUCCCACCCUCAGCCACUCUGCACCUUUCUAAUAUCCCGCCCUCUGUGUCCGAGGACGACCUCAAGAGCCUCUUCUCCAGCAAUGGUGGUGUGGUCAAAGGCUUCAAGUUCUUCCAGAAGGACCGCAAGAUGGCACUGAUCCAGAUGGGCUCCGUGGAGGAGGCUGUGCAGGCGCUGAUUGAGCUGCACAACCACGACCUGGGCGAGAACCACCACCUGCGUGUGUCCUUCUCCAAGUCCACCAUCUAGAUGCGCGUGUCCGCGACAGCUACCACCAUUCCAGAAAAGCCACUUUAAAAAGCAGCUGAAGUGACCUUACAGACCAGAGAUUUUAUUUUUUUAAAGAGAGAUCAGUUUACCUGUUUUUAAAAAAAUUAAAUCUAGUCCACUUUGCUGUGGCGGGAAAUGGCUUAGGCCACAGAGGCCCAGUCAGGCCCGGCACCAUGCCUUGAGGAGCUCAGGCGUGAGGCCACAGCGGUGCCCCCGAACACAGCCGCUUUCUCGUGCCUUACAAAACCAGCCCACCUUGCGGCCACACACCCACCCUCUCAAGCCACCAAGUCUGUCGCUAGACCUGCCGGUGAGCCGAGACCUGCACUUCCAGGCUCCCUAAACCAUGCAGGAGCCUUGGCCACCGCCCCCACCCCUUAUAAUCAAGUGACAUGAUUCUCCCAUGUCCCUGGCCAGCCCAGGAGGCCCAGGCCAUCCUCAGCUGCCGAGCCUCGUGACCUUUGUAUUCUGUUCUGGUGGUCACAGACACCUGUGCCUAGCAAUAUUUCCACUUGACCAAAUACUCAAAUCUUUUUCCAUUUAUAAGAGAUAGUUUUAAGUAACUUUUUAUAGUGAUGAUACAGUGGUAUGUGUGUACUCUAAGCUUCUGUGUCCCUGUGCUCGUCCCCUCCUUCCUGGUGACCAACUUCCGGGUGGGGCCCAGGCCAGUGCUGCCCCUGCCUGGGGAAAACAGCCCUGAGACCAUUGGGUUCCUACCUUCAAAUUCUGGACCAAAGUUUUUUUUUUUCUUUUUUUUUUUUUUUUGCCUGCCUCUGACUAGGCCCAGGUGAGGGGCUGACCUCCAGGCCUUAAUGCCCCUCCCGAUAUGCCCAUGUCGUGCCUAGCCUGUCUCUAGGGGAGGGGUUCCCUGGACCUUGGUUCUGUGAAGGAGUGGCAAGAGUGUAAAUAUUUAUGAUUUUUUUUACCUGUGUGGGGCUGAGGCAGUGCAGCAGUUUUUUAUGGUGACAGAUAUAUAUUUUGGUAACAACUACAGGCUCAGUAUUGUCCCAGGGCCAGCCCUGGCUACAUUCCACCCCGUCCCAGAUGGUAUGUUGGGAAGUUUCCAUUAAAGCAGUUUUCUAACCUGUGCCUUCCCUGAGCCCUUCAUUCUGAGCUGUAGAGGUAUCGCCCGGGCUGGGCCUGGAUCCAAUAAAUGCCUGUGUCUUGCGCA